AUGGGGGGUUCGGGCAGUCGCCUGUCCAAGGAGCUGCUGGCCGAGUACCAGGACUUGACGUUCCUGACCAAACAGGAGAUCCUUCUAGCCCACAGACGGUUCUGUGAGCUGCUUCCCCAGGAGCAGCGGAGUGUGGAGGAGUCACUGCAGGCUCGGGUGUCCUUGGAGCAGAUCCUCAGCCUUCCAGAGCUCAAGGCUAACCCCUUCAAGGAGCGAAUCUGCAAGGUCUUCUCCACUUCCCCGAGCAGAGACAGCCUGAGCUUCGAGGACUUCUUGGAUCUCCUCAGUGUGUUCAGUGACACAGCCACUCCAGACAUCAAGUCCCACUACGCCUUCCGCAUCUUCGACUUUGAUGAUGAUGGAACCUUAAACAGAGAAGACCUGAGCCAGCUCGUGAACUGCCUCACAGGAGAGAGCGAAGACACACGGCUCAGUGCUUCAGAGAUGAAGCAGCUCAUCGACAACAUCCUAGAGGAGUCCGACAUUGAUAGGGAUGGGACCAUCAACCUCUCCGAGUUCCAGCAUGUCAUCUCCCGCUCACCAGAUUUUGCCAGUUCCUUUAAGAUUGUCCUGUGA